AUGCCUGUCCCAUGGGAAACCCUCCUGCCAUUCGGCCUCGUCAUUGCCAUGUUCACCAUCUCCGGCGCCGGUAUGUCGACGGUUUCAUACGUUGCCGAGGGUUAUAAGCCCAGAAGAUACAAUACAGAUAUUUGGGAUCAUAGGACAAUCAGAUGCGCCGAGGGCGCCGAAGGGCUUCGAAUUGAGUUCACAAUGGAGGCUGGAAAAACGUAUAUCGUAAUCGAAGGUCUCCGACGGAACAUUAUUGGAAAGCACAGUGGCACAAAGACCUGGAUCAUGUAUACACCAGAAACAAACGAGGACUGUCCAUGGUAG